GAUAGAUCGUGAACGCAUACGCAACGAUUCGGUCAUCGCCUCACCGUCAUCGGGCCCAUGCAGUACGCGCCCAUCAAAACGGGAAGUCCGUGUUCAAGAAUUAUACAAGGAAAAAACUUCUUUUCUUGCUAGACAAAGCGUGUUACCACAGCAACACACUUCCAAGAACGAGAAUCUGUAAUCUGUGUAUUCCUGUUGGUGGCGGAAAAGUACGUAAAUUAACCGCCCCAUUACUGUUCCAAACGCAAUAUAUUACAUCCAUUUGUGUGUGCGUGUGUGACAACAAAGCAGGCGGAAACACUUCCACCCCCUCCCAAAAAAAGAAAAGAAAAACAAAGUGCACCGAUAGUGUGAUAACAGUGAUUUGAAGCAGAACUUAUCUGGAACUGUUCUUAUUGGUUCAAAAGCUCAAAGCUCAUCAAAGAAUCAUCAAACUAUCCCUGGGCAGUAUAAGUGUCCUAACCCACGUCCAUAGUGCAUUUUGGUCGAACGAAACCUGAUACAAAAAGUCGAAACAUUAUUUACUCACUUCGCAGUGAGAUCAAGGGAUGGAACGAUUUGUUCACAUCGGUGGUAGUGUUGGUGAUGUUGGACGUAAAGCAAAUAUUAACCCCACGUUAGACGAUGGGUCGUCGAGCGGCGGAGCAAAUAACCUUCAGCACAUAACAUGCGACGCAACGACACGCACGAGCACAUGAUCGGAUCAAGCAUCGAUCGUGUAGAUACAAUCGAGGGUUGAUGGGAGUGUGUAAAGAGGUGUUGGUUUGGUCAGCUAACACAAGUAACUUUCUGUUGUGAUUGUUAAUGUGUUGUGAUGUGCGGAGUUGAAAGGCAUUGGCAAGCUCGCAGCACGUCCUACAAUUCUGACACGUUUGGCAGUGGCCGCGCAUGAGUUUUAACGUAUGUUUGAUGCGAUCUUCAACGUUGUUUCAUGGGGUUAGAUGCAGCCUGCAUCGUAUAUUUACCAAAAUCUGUCAAAACUAAGCUCUGUUCUACAUCCAUCGCGCAAAAGAAAGCCGACGUGACGUGAGCAAACCUCUCUCGAACGGGAAUUUCGAUUCCAAGAAACUUGUAAGCCUACCAUUUCCUGUCCAGACAGUUGUAGCGAAGGAUUUACAAACGGCUUACCAUGCGCGAUCUCAUUCCACUUGACCGACCGAAGAUUGCAUGAGACUGUGUGUGUUUGUGUGUGUAAGUGUAGAGAUAAGGAAGAUGUUUUAACCCCUGCUGAUCGUUGUGAAUGCGGGGUACGGUGCAUACUGGUUUUGUGUUGUUGUGCUAGUGACACAUGCAAAUAGGGCCGUGCAGCUCGUAAUAUUGCAACAAUCGAUCGGUGCAGUGUGGUACAUUUUGUCUGUUAAACGCAAGUGCUUUACCUACGUAUUUAAGGUGGUGCCUAAAGCGUUGUUACACUAGCAGAGACUGGAGCUACUGCGAGGCUAAGAUGUCUCUCAACACUUCCGUGAGAUAAAGAAUAGCCACACUACAAACACAAACAAACGGAAGCUUUCGGAGAUACUUGCAAGUCGUGUGACUGUGACAGUGCCCGUUGCAGCAGUAAACGAAACCGGAACGAUGGCACUGGCAAGGAACCUACAGCUAGAAAAUGAUACCUCAGUCAACACUGGAUACCACACUAAGGCACAGUCGAUGUCGGCGAGCGGCGGUGAUACGAUCGCCGGCCUAAACAACUCGGGCACCGGGACCGGCAAGUCAGAUAGCGCUAAGGGCAACAGUCUUUCCAAUAUCUCGGCGUCAUCCAUCAAACGAACAGACAACGGUGGCGAUGAUGACGACUCGAGUGUCUUCGAUAGCAGUAGUAGCGAUACCGAGUGUGACGAUGAUUCUAUCAAGCGAGCGAUUGAUCGUAUCCCGGGUACACUGGCACCGGGGGAGGCACGCGUGCUCCCGAACGCGAACGUUAAGGUUGCCGUGGAAGCCAUCGCUCCCGGGGUACGGCCAAGCCCGGCUGCAUCCACGAUCGGGGCGAUCGCGGUCCACAACUCGUCGGACAUCACGUUCGGCAACAAAACGUACAUCAAGGGGCAGGUUGUUAUAAAGAACAUCUACCAGGAUCGUAAGAAUGGGACCACCAACCAGGGAUAUCAGGUUCAGGAAAAUGAAACCGACGAUACAAAUUCCACUAAAAAAGUACCUUCCGCAACUAAACCUCCCGAGCCACGCACCUGGCAAUCUAGUCUUAAGACAAUCAUAAAGGAUAAACCCUUGCUCAGCUUUAUCGUAAUGGUAUCGCUGAUGAUUGUCCUGUGUGCCAUUGUAGCGGUCAUAUCGAUCCUCACCGCGUCAGGUAAAGCUAGAUUUAGGCUCCCCGUAGGCGACGGCGACGACAAUCGUCAAAAUAUUCCGCAGGACAAGGAUAUAGAGGAUGAUCUAUUCCCAGAUCCGAGACCGUUACGGUUAGUGACGAGAACGGAAUGGCUGGCGCAACCGCCCAGAGAGGAAUUGACCGAUCUGAAACUGCCGGUUAAUAACGUCAUCAUUGCUCACACUGCCACCGAAGGUUGCACUACUCAGCAAGCAUGCAAAGCACUAGUGCAAUCAAUUCAAAGGUAUCACGUAAACCACACCAACUACGGUGAUAUCGGUUACAACUUUUUGAUCGGUGGUGACGAAUUUGUGUACGAGGGCCGCGGAUGGCUUAAAGUUGGAGCCCACACCAAAAAUUACAACACGAUCAGCUACGGGAUAGCAUUCAUCGGUAACUACGAGACUAUCAAUCGACCGACGGAACAGCAGAUGGAACAGUUGGUACUGCUGCUUCGCAACGGUACCGACGGCGGAUGGCUUGCCAAGGAGUACAAGCUGUGCGGUGCCAGCCAGCUGAAGGGCACCAUCAGCCCGGGCAAAUAUCUAAUGGAACAGCUGAGGCUUUUGCCACAUUUUAGUGAACGUUUGGCCGCAUGCCGUUUGCGGGUGCGCUUAAUUCAGGAGUUUCAUAUGGAUGGCAAAAACUACGACGAUAUAACGUACAACUUUCUAAUCGGUGGAGAUGGACAUAUCUACGAGGGUCGAAAUUGGCACAAAAUUGGUGCCACCAUUCCCGGUUACAAUUCCCGCAGCAUAACGGUGGCCUUUGUGGGAGAGUACAAUUACGGUGGCAAACCUACUAAAAAGCAAAUCGAGCUGUUGAAAUAUCUACUGCACUUUGGUGCAAAGGAGCGGCAUCUAAAGGAAGGUUACCGAAUAUAUGCCUCGGAGCAGCUGGAUCCAACGGUUGGGACGGGCAAGUGGCUAAUCGAAGCACUGCACAGCUUGCCCCAGUUUGUCGAUAAGGAGCAAAAUAAGGACGAGCAGCCCGAUCACGAGUAUUACUCUACGAAAUGCAUGUAUCAGGUAAAGUUGAUCCAGGAGUUUCAUUCAAGUCCCGACUCGAGGAACUUCAGCGACAUCGCGUAUCAAUUUCUGGUGGGUGGUGAUGGCAACGCGUACGAGGGUAGAGGAUGGACAAAGCAAGGAGCGCACACGAAAGGGUUCAACGUGGACAGCAUCUGCAUCGCGUUCAUUGGAACAUUCAUCGCGGAUCCGCCACCGAUUGCUCAGCUCAGUGCUGCGAAGCAGCUCAUACUGCUAGGUAUGAAGGAAAACUAUCUUGCCUCCAACUACAGCCUGUACGGCCACCGACAGCUGGCACCGUUCGAGAGUCCGGGCAAGGCACUGUUCGAUAUCAUCAAAACUUGGCCCCACUGGUCGAACAAGCUGGGGUCCAAUCACUGGGUCGAACCGGCGAACGACACCACAAACCGACGAUGACGCAGGAAACGACUUGCCCCCAUCACCAUUCCUCCCCCCAAGUGUCCUUGAUGACUUCCUCUCUCCUUCUCUCUCUCUUGAACCGGAAAAAGAGAACCAAAAAGACUGUGAUGAUGAAAAUAAUCGAAUAAACAUUUUAAAUAUGGUGUAAUUUAGCUCAUACGAUAAAA